CAUGCUGGGGUCCUGAGUGCUGGGGUUCAGAGUAUGCAGGCAGCUGAGCCCAGUCUUGCAGUCUUGUGCAUUCUCAGGGACGUGCCUGGAGUGGACAAAUCAUGCCCAUUGGGUGGGAGAGGGACUCAGCGCUGUACCCAAGAUGAAGGAGGAGAGGAGGAAGACUUCCUCGAAAGAAGACACAGUGUUUCCUUCGCUAUUUUCACUCUUCGGCCUCUUUCUUUUCCAGGCAGUCAGAGUGGCUGGUGUCAACAUCACCAGUCAGGCUCAUCUGGUCCGAGGCACAUUGGGUGGAGAGGCCCUCCUCUCCGUCAGCUACAGCAGCACCAGCUUCGACCAACCGGUCAUCAAGUGGCAGCUGAAGAGGAACAAGCAGCAGCCCAUCACCGUAGUCCAGUCAAUAGGCACCAGCAUCAUCGGGAACCUGCGGCCCGAGUACAGGGACCGUAUCAUGGUGUUUGAGAACGGCACCUUGCUCCUCCACAACCUGCAGCUGUCUGACGAGGGGGCCUAUGAAGUGGAGAUCUCCAUAACGGAUGAUGCCUUCACUGCGGAGUUCAACAUCAACCUCACCGUAGAUGUACCUGUGUCCAGACCCUACGUCCAAAUGAUAGCCUCAUCGGUGCUGGAGUUGAGUGAACUCUUCACCUUACACUGUUCCCACGGCGAUGGCACCAAGCCCACCUAUGGCUGGCUGAAAGGGGGAAAGGUGCUGACCAAUGACUCGCGCCUGCUCCUGUCACAUGACCAGAAGUAUCUGACCAUCGCCCGGGUGCUGAUGUCAGACGAUGACAUCUACAGCUGUACGGUGGAUAACCCAAUCAGUAGCAUGAGGAGUGUGCCUGUCAAACUCACCGUCUACAGACGGAGUUCCCUGUAUAUCAUCCUUACCACCGGGGGCAUUUUCCUCCUCAUCACCCUGGUGACAGUGUGCGCCUGCUGGAAGCCCUCUAAAAAAAAGAAGCGGCGGGCUGCUAUGGCAGCCAUGUUGCAGAGAUCUCCAGUAUAUGUAGAGAGGAGUGACAUCAGUCAUGAUGUUGAUGUGGUGCCAAAAACAAUAGCCCAUGGAACCCAUGGAACCCAUGGCCGUAGGAGCCCAAUGGCUCUUUAUGUUGUCAACGAAGAUGAGAGUCUCGAAGGUGAGGAUGAUUGUUCAGCCAACUCCAUCAGCCCCUCAGACCUCGCCCCGCCUGGUUACCCCAGCCCCCUCCCACUGUCCUCCCACUCACCCGAGGCACCCACCCGGCCCGUUCGCAAAUACCCUCGUACCCCUGUGCCCUCACCCCCUGCCACCCCACUCAAGCCCUCUGCUCAGCCACCUGUCAUGCCCUCAGCUCCACCCCCUGGAUCACCUCCACAUGUCCAGAGCUCAGGGCGUAAACUCCUCCCUCCUGUGGGCAUCCCCACCAAUCAACAGACAGAGGAGCUCCUGGCUACAUCAGAGGCCGACGACGGGGAUUAACGUCUGAAUGACCACCCUCACUCACCUAUCACUGCUUCUACUGUAGAAUUCAUCCACAUCUAACCAUGGAAAUGUGUCGAUUAUCUUGUCUGUUUGGCUGGGUUUUGGUGUAAAGAUAUUUGCUGCGUCGGGAUCAACUGCUCUGAUCAUGGUUUCCCUAUACCCCUGGAAAAAUGGUACGUUGUUCUUUUUUCCCACCAAGGUUUAAAAACAUGAAACAUCAUCCAUACUGCACAACACUGCUUUGAGAUUGUUUCAGGUGUGAAUCUACUUGGACCAACGGCCUCCAUGUAGCCUGACUCUCGAUCACUUUGCGCUUUAGCCAACUCCUCUCUGCUGUGGUGACAAUGAUAGUCAGAGGAGUGAGCUACAACACAUACAGAUCUGGGAUCAGGCUAACCCCCAUGGCUAUUCUGGUGAACUCAUGUAACACACAGUAUCCACCAAUCAUUUUUUUGGGGCAGUCAAUGUAUGGCUCAGUUGGUAGAGCAUGGUGUUUGCAAUGCCAGGGUUGUGGGUUUGAUUCCCACGGGGGACCAGUACGGGGGAAAAAAAUGUAUGAAAUGUGUGCAUUCACUACUGUAAGUCACUCUGGAUAAGAGUGUCUGCUAAAUGACUAAAAUGUAAGGGGCAAGGGGGAUGUAAGUAGCCACAGUCAAUUUACACUGGAAUCUGGAUAUGUUAUUACUUGAAAAUUAGAGUAAUGAUAAUGCAUCCAAUUUGUUUGAUUUGCUACUUCCAGUAGAGGGAAGGGGGGGUUCACCGAAACUGCCACCCUAAGCCUUGGACUCAUUAUGUACAUAUGUCAAUAGUGUAUGUGAUGUUCUUAGAAUUGUUUUUGGGACCUUUUGCCUCCAAAUACAUUUUUUUCAAAUAACAUUUCAUCCUAAAAUCGUGUUUCUAUUCCAUGUUUCAAAAUGAAAUGACAUUUAUAGCCUAAAAAAUGUAACAAUAAAUGCAAUGUUGGAAAAUGCC